AUGUCUCAUGGUCAGAAGAGGCAGUAUUGUGACUUUCAGGGAGAAUCUCAAGCCCAAAAAGAACAGGGCCAGAUGAAUUCUGAUCUCUCUGUGGCUGAGGGAGGGGAGUCCAAUAACAACGACUCCUCUUAUUCCACUAGCCCAGCCCUCCCCAGGAAGAUACCUGAUGGUGGGAUACCAGAUUCUUCCCAGAGUCCUCAGAGAGCCUUAUCUCCUCCCACUGUCAUGGCCUCCAUUCCAAUAUCCCCAUCUGAUGAGGCCUCUGGCAACCAAAGAGGAGAGCUGGUAUUGUACCAUGCACUGAGUGCAAAGGUAGCUGACUUGGUGCAGUUCCUGCUCCUCAAGUAUAGAUUGAAGGAGCUGACCAACAAGGCAGAAAUUAUAGAAAAGAUUAUUGGGGAUGAUGAGCAGCACUACAACAGGAUCUUUAAUGAGGCCUCUGAGGGUUUGAAGCUUGUAUUUGGCAUUGAUGUGAUAGAAGUGGACCCUGUUAUCCACACCUAUGCCCUUGUCAUUGCCUUGGGAAUUACUUAUGAUGGGAUGCUUACUAAUGUCCAAGGCAUGCCCAAAACAGGCCUCCUAAUAACUGUCCUAGGUGUCAUCUGCAUGUAUGGAAAUCGUGUCAGUGAGAAUGUGAUCUGGCGAGCACUAAAUAUAAUGGGUGUAACUCCCAUAGAAAAUCACUAUAUAGCCGGGAAUGUCAAGAAGCUUUUCACUGAAAAUUUUGUACAGGAGGGUACCUGGAAUACAUUCCAGUUCCUGACAGUGAUCCUCCUUACUGUGAGUUCCUAUGGGGUCCAAGGGCCCAUGCUGAAACCAGAAGUGUGGAUGUCUUAA